AUGUCGUUCAAGUUCCCUUCGUUCAGCUUGGAGUCGCUCCAGAACUCGCUCCCGACGAUGGAGCUGGUGAAGGAGCUGUUCAACAAAGUGUCCAAAGACAUCCAGCCGUUUGCCGAGCGCACGGGGCAGAUGAUCAAUAACCAGGUCGCCCAGCUCCAGCAGUUGGCGCUGGAGGCCCAGGGCAACGCCGAGGUGUCGGAAUUGCCCGCCGACUACUUGGAGUUGGAGCGCCAGUGCGACGCCUUGCUCAGAUUGUACCAGGAGUUGAUCCAGUUCGAUAACGACACCUACGCCAAAGUGAGCUACGACUACCCCCCGGGCAACUACGCCAUCAACCGGUUGCGCGACGCCAACGUCAGCGGGGCGAUUCUGAACAAGUUCAACCAGUUGAAAAACGCCGCCAGCCCCCAGGAGUUUGAACAGGCCAUUCUUGGCGGCGGCGACCAGCCGGAGGAAAACCCCGCCGAAGACGAGUACCACAUCCAGCAAGUGGUGAUCCCGAAGACGUUGUACGGCCACUUGGCAACGAUUGCCCAGACCAACGCCGACGAAUUGCAGAAGCUGGACUCGCCGAUCGCCCUCGUGUUGAUGCAAAUGUCGUCGUCGUACACCGAGGUGGCGUUGGCGCGGCUCGACCAGGACAAGAAGAUCAACGAGGUGUCGCACCAGUUGGUGCAGGUGCUCAACCAUCAGUUCAUCCUGGUGAACGAGUUGCGCAAGAAAGUGUACGCGGCGCGGGCCGAGUUCGACCUGUUUAGAGCCAAGCACCAGGAGGACGAAGAGAACGAAGAGUUGAUCGCCAAGGAAGACACGUUGGUGCUGGCGACCGAGGUGGCGGUGGUGGAGAUGAAGCGGUUGUUGCAGCCGCUGAAAAACGUCGACUUGCUCAAGCAGUUGGCCCAGGCGCAGGUCGAGUACCACCAAGAGGCGGCGAAGCGGUUGCAGGCGAUGUUGGACCAGGUGAAGUCGGUCGACGUCAAGGACGACGAGGAAUAG